AUGGAUUUAAAAUAGCCCGAGGAAGAGCAGUUGGGAUCCUCAAGAAACUAUUUCCUGGCAAACGAAGAGGGCAGUUCCGGGGGGAAAUCCGCACGCAAACUGAGCGAUAUCAACGUAGUUGACGAGCAGGCACUUAAUUUGUUGUUUCAUAAUAUUGAACUGAAGCAUCAGAACGACAUUGCAGCUUUGAUAAAUAGUUACAAAAGUUUAUACCCUAAAUGGGUUUUUGAUCUAAGGUCUGGGUUUGGCCUUCUCAUGUAUGGGUUGGGGUCAAAGAAAUCGUUGCUUGAAGAUUUUGCUUCAAGUGCUUUGGCAGAGUAUUCUGUUGUUGUAAUUAAUGGAUACCUUCAAUCGAUUAAUAUAAAAACAGGUGUUAUAAUAUCCUUGGCUGAGAUUCUAAUGGAACAGUUAAAAUGGAAAGGGAAGGCUCCAUCAGGGAACUUGCCCAAGCUUCCACAGCCGUUUAGUUCUAGAUCUAUGGAUGAUCUUUUCGUGUUUUUAUAUGGACCGGAGAUGGAUGAGGAUGAUAGUUUCAUAUGUGGUGUUGUUAACAAUAUUGAUGGACCUGGGUUAAGAGAUUUCGAAACUCAACAAUAUCUUGCACGGCUUGCUUCCUGUUCUUAUAUUCGUGUUGUUGCCUCUAUUGAGCAUGUUAAUACACCACUUUUGUGGGACAAGAAGAUGGUUCGUACGCAAUCUAACUGUUACUGGUAUCAAGGUCCGACAUUUGCACCUUACAAGGUCGAGGGGCUCUUUUUUCCUAUGAUUCUUUCACAUGGUAGUAGCAACCACAGUGUCAAAACAGCUGUGAUAGUUUUACAGAGUUUGACCCCGAAUGCUCAGAGUGUGUUUCGCAUCCUUGCAGAAUAUCAACCGUCUUAUCCGGAUGAAGAAGGGAUGGCAAUAGAUAAUCUGUACACUAUGUCCCGAGAGUGCUUCCUUGUGAGUAGCCAGGUUCCACUGAAUGCCCACUUGACCGAGUUCAAAGACCACGAGCUAGUUAAGACCAGAACAUCCGAUGGCCAUGAUUGCUUCUACAUUCCUCUUGCAAAUGAAGCCCUUCAAAAGUUAUCUGAGAUAAGUUGAUCUAUCUGUUAUUUUACGAAUCUAACGAAGGCACUUGUCGUGAUGGUAGCCUACUCCUUGUUUGCGUGAUCGAUUCCAACGAAGACACUUGUCAUGAUGUAGCUCGGGAAGCACCAUGCAAGGUCGGCCUUGAUCCAGGCGGUUUAAAAAUUGUUUGGGGGACAAUUUUGGAAUACCCGCACCAAUGUUUGAAAGGACACUGACCCCUUCGAUUUGCGGUCACUUUCAGACCAUGUGCCCUUAAAAUCUCCAGAGACAUGUUUGCAGUGAAAGGAUCCGGUCUCUAGA